CACUACACUUAGUGAGCAGAACGUGGACAAAGUCCAUGCUCUGCUUAAAAACAGAGUAAAGUGUAAGGUUAAGAACAAAACUAAAAUAAAACAAACUAAUUUACAGAGAUGAGAACACCCAUGGAUGUCUAUCUCCAAACAGCUGCGACAGAAGGCAAUGAAGAUUACCUUAAAGACAUUCGAGUAAAUGCUACAGAAGAACAGAACGGAGAUGCAACUCCUGAUGAGAGCUACUUCCUCAGUGAAACACCAGACGGAGAGAACAUUCUUCACCUGGCUGCGAGUCGGGACAGACAUGGCUUCAUAGUGAAGGCUCUGCAGAAAAUUCCAGCACUAGUGCUGCUGAUCUGCCGGAGUAGCUCUCGAGGUGAAAACCCACUUCAUAUUGCAGCUCAGUUAGGGCACAUUGAUAUAGUGCAAGUGCUAGUUAAUUCCUACAAGGUGCACUUGCAGGAUGUCAAAGAAAAGAAGGUGAGAUCCACCUUGCUAUCCCUCAUUGUGGUUGAAGAAGGCACCAGCGUUGAGCCAUGGAUAGCUCAGGACUCAAGUGGAAACACACCAUUACAUCUGGCUCUCAAGAAUGGAUACGAGGAGGUAGCAAAGUACCUUCUCGAGGUGGAACCGAGAUUGGCAAAUUAUGUUAACAAUGCUUCAGAGGGAAUCCUCUUCCUUGCUGCAGCCUAUGGUCACGAGCAAGUUCUAGAGAUGAUAUUAACCUUUGACGUUCCCUACAGCUUAAAUGGGCCGUCUGGGUUGACUCCACUACACGCAGUGGUACUCAGUUGCACAGAGGGUGCUGCAAAACUCUUGUUACAGAAACACCCAGAACUAACCAAGAAAGCAGAAAAGCACAAGCAAACAGCUUUAUUCUACGCAGCAGUAGGAAAUAAAGAGGCACAUGUGGAGGCAAUAUUACAGAACGAAAAAUCUUGUGCACACCUACGCGACGAGAAUGGCCUUACUCCCUUACUUGUAGCAGCCAGUCUCGGACAGUUAAAAGCUGUUCGUGCAAUCCUUUUUCAUUGUCCACAGUCCGUUGCAAUUUGUGAUACUAAUUGUAAGACUGCACUACACCUUCUGAAAUUGGCAAGUUAUGAAGAAGGCAUAGAAAUGCUUGCAAUUCCAGCACUAAAAAGGCUCAUCAAUAAACCAGAUCUAGAAGGAAAUACUCCAUUACAUCUAGCAGCUACUAACUCUGACCAUAUAAAGGCUAAGGUGAUACUAGAUACUGAUAAGACAGGGAUUAAUAUGUGGAAUAAAGAAGGUUCCACACCCUGGGAUUUAAUUAAACUACAGCAAGAUCUCUCUGAAAACAUGGCAGAAAUAGCCUAUCAGAUAGUAAUGCAUUCAAGUGAUAAAGAGGCACUCUCUCAGACUGAAACUCAACCUCAAGUGAUCCAACAAACUGUACUUUGCCCAGAGAAUGCCAAUGAAAGAAUGCAGAAAAGGUUCAGCACACUUGGAAUCAUAGCUACACUUUUAGCAGCUGUUACUUUUGCAGCAGGGUUCCUGAUCCCAGGUGGGAUUGAUACAAGUGGUCAUGCUGUUUUGACAAGGGAGACAGUUUUCAAGGUGUUCAUGCUGUCAAAUGCAACUGCUAUGUGUGGCUACACAUUUGUGCUGUUCAGUUCUCUUUGGGCAAUGAUGCUUGCUCAGCGAGAUGAUGAGCCAAGAUUUCUACUGUCUUUGAGCCUCCAUAUUCUUCAACUGUCUUUUUAUGCAACCUUAAUAGCCUUUGUGAGCAGUAUGUAUGCUCUAACAUCAGCUACAUCACUGUGGUUGGCUAUUGUUCUUGUGUGCUUGCCUUCAUCUGCAGUACUACUAACUAUUUCGAAGUCUCUUGUUUUCCGCCUAGCGAGAUUUUCAAACAAACUUCGGAUUUAUUAAAAUAAGAGAGAGCUGAAUACCUCAGCAGUUUGUUCUAGGACCUUGUAUCCAAUUUCUAUCAAUGUAAACACACCAUUAA